AAAAGUGCAAGCUGGGUAGAAUGUUUGGUGCUUGGAUUUCGGAGGUGCUAGGGGGGCAGAGAGGGACCGCUUCCUGGUGUCUGGGGGAAGGAGAAGCGCCCCCGCCCCCCGUUCGGAACGCUCUCCAUCUCCAGUCCCUCAGAGGAAGUCGUGGCGAAGAAGCUGCUUCCAGGCCCCGCGCGCGCCUCUCCGGGUGCCCGUCCCGCUCCCGCGGCGCCUUCGUCCGGGAGGCUCUUCGCCGCGGCCGGACGCGGCCGACUUCCCUUCCAGCCGAGGCGCCUCCUUCCGCUCAGCGCCGCGCGGCUCCGCUCGGGACGUGUCCGCGCCUCCGCGACCACCGGAGCCACUUCGGGGCGAUGCUGGGGCCGCCGGUCUGGGCGCUGGUGGCCGGCGUCUUGCUGGCGCUGUCGCCGGGACGGGCGGGGGGCGCCCCGAGGGCGGGCCGGCGGCCGGCGCGGACGCGGGGCUGCGCGGACCGGCCCGAGGAGCUCCUGGAGCAGCUGUACGGGCGGCUGGCGGCCGGCGUGCUCGGCGCCUUCCACCACACGCUGCAGCUGGGCCCGCGCGAGCAGGCGCGCAACGCCAGCUGCCCGGCCGGGGGCAGGCCCGCCGACCGCCGCUUCCGGCCGCCCACCAACCUGCGCAGCGUGUCGCCCUGGGCCUACAGAGGCCGGGCAGCUCCCUCCGAGGGACCCGCGUCCUCCGUUCACCUUUCCGGUCUUUCAGACGCCCCAGUUUCUCUAGCACCUGCGCCUUGCCAGGAUCUCCUACGACCCCGGCCGCUUCCCCAGGUACCUGCCCGAGGCCUACUGCCUGUGCCGGGGCUGCCUGACCGGGCCGCGCGGGGAGGAGGACGUGCGGCUGCGCAGCGCCCCGGUGCUCGUGCCUGCGGUGGUCCUGCGCCGGACCCCGGCCUGCGCGGGCGGCCGCGCCGUCUACACCGAGGAGUACAUCACCAUCCCCGUGGGCUGCACCUGCAUGCCCGGGCCGGACAAGGAUGCAGACGGCGCCAACUCCAGCCUGGCCAAGCCGGCCCGGCCCUGAGCACCCGUCCCCAUGGGGACCCCGAGGCCCCGAGGAAACGCGGACGGAGCACCCAGCGCUGGACUGCACUGCACUGCCUGCGAGCCUGACCUCCUGCAUCCCCCGGGCUUCCUCUUGGGCAGGAGCACAGGGCCGUGAGAGGUGAUGGGAACGAACCCCGUGGCAACCCUGUGCGGGCGGCCCAAGGCUGAGGCCACUACAGGUGACCCGCUUCGCCAGAGUUCGCUGAGGCUCCUUAAGGCUCCCAGCCACCGACCCCUUGCAACCACGGGUGACAGCACUGCAAGGACCGCUGGGAGGGGACAGAGCCUCACAAGAUAGAGGGCCGACAGACACUUACCACCCUUUUUUAAAAAAGUAGAAUAUAUACCUUCUUGUUUAUUCAGCUGUUUUCAGUAGGGGCAGAAACUAUUUUUAUGUUAGCCAUUUUCAGCAAGUAUAUUAAAAACAACUUUUACUUGACACGUAAACAUCUUAUAAACAUUGUUUUCACUUCCUCGGCAGGAGUUUUUAGAAGCGCAGGUGGAACCCUCACCCUCUAGCCCGCCUUGUGGCCUGGGUCCCUGAAUCCCACCUGUUGCUGACUGUCGCCACUGGACAUGGCUGCAUGGGACCUGCCCUCCCUCUGGGAGGCUCAGCUCACCCCAGAAUCUCACACUUGCUUUAUUCAUGAGGAUAUAAAUCGCCACAGGUUUAUACAAUUAGAAAUUUUUUUCACUUGCAGACUUAUAAUUCCCAGAAAUCAGGAGUGGAGUCCUCUUCUACAACUGCAUGAGCUAAACCUUUAUUUACUCUUUUCUUUAGGCUUAAGUCUGUCCCUGAACACAAUUAUUUGUAAAAGUAAGAAGUUCUUAACUUGCUUUAAAAUCCUUAAAACAAUUGUAGGUGAAGGGCAUGCUGGCUGUGCAUUUCUCUCUGGACUCUGCUUUGAUGGGCUCCACUAAUUUUCAGAGGAAACUGUUAAUUAAGGUCUUCACUUUAUCUUAAUUUUAUGGUUGAUGUUUAGGAAGAUCAUCUGCAGAGUCAGCCUCUCUGCAUCAUUGUUUAUAUGCUCUUGCCCCUACUUACAAUCAAUCAAUCAGCCUUGGUUUGAUCUGGACGGAAGGUCAACCGAGAGAAUUUUCAGUUUGUACCAAAUAUUGACAGAGGUUGUGCAUGAAAAACAUUGCUGAGCAAAAUUCAUA